AUGACGCCGGACUGGUCUGUGGCUGAAGUGCAGGAAUUCGUGCCUCAGGGCUUCGAUACUACCCACAUGGCCUCUCUCCAAGGAAACAGUAACGGUGGCGUUCCUUCGACGAGCCCAUUUGAUCCUUUUGUGACAGCUUCGAACCCCCUUUCCGCUGCGAGUGCGGUCGGACCAGUCCAGGCAAACCCUUUUGCACAUGAUACUGCGGCGGCUGCUGCUGCGCUGGGCGGCGCCUUUUUCGCCGGACAGUCUGGCUUCCAGCAACCAGUCCAGUAUCAUUUGUACGCUCCUAUUGGCCCUCAUAGCCAAAACACUCUGGGUUACCAACGGAAUGUUCAUGAUCUUUUCCUUCCCAAUGACUUCCGGGAGGAACUGCAGAAGAAAGCCGCAGCUACACUACAAACCUUGCCAAACACCCAACUACCCGCUCAAGUCGAUUACUUCCAUUCCCUUGUCCCAUUGGACUUAAAUCAUCAGAAGAACGCAACCAUUUUUGGCUUCCCCAGUUGGGUAUACAAAGCGCAGUCCGGCAAAGAUGGUAAUUUCUAUGCUCUUCGAAGACUAGAAGGUUUUCGCUUGACAAAUGAGAAAGCGAUCCGAUCGGUUCAGGCGUGGAAACGAGUUUGUAAUGGAAGCGUAGUAACGGUCCACGAUGCGUUUACCAGCAGGAGCUUCCAAGACAGCUCGCUGAUCUUUGUCACUGACUACCACCCUCUCUCCAAAACACUUGCCGAACAACACUUGGGUGCUGGAAAUAGGUUUCAAGGUCGGCAUAAUACGCACAUUCCGGAGCAGGUCCUGUGGGGGUAUAUGACCCAGAUCGCAAACGGCCUCAAGGCCAUCCACAGCAACGGGCUUGCCGCAAGGAUUCUUGAUCCCAGUAAAGUUCUCGUCACCGGCAAGAACCGCAUUCGCCUGAACGCCUGUGCUAUCAUGGAUGUGGUCCAGUAUGAUACCCAGCGGUCAAUCGCAGACCUCCAACGCCAGGACCUGGUUAAUUUCGGGCAACUCAUUAUGACUUUGGGCGCCAAUACGCCCAGUGUCAUGCAUAACCCCACCAAAGCUAUGGAGCAUUUCACCCGUGCUUACAGUCCACAACUCAAAAAUUCGGUGUUCUGGUUGCUAAAUGGACUGCAAAAGGAUCAAGACCGAAAUAUUGACAUCUUCAUAACUGGCAUUUCUUCACAAUUAAUGUCAACAUUCGACUCGGCGCUUCAUAUGGACGAUGAACUGACGUCGGACUUGAGCCGGGAACUUGAGAAUGGCCGUUUGGUCCGUCUGGUGACCAAGUUGAACUUCGUCAACGAGCGGCCGGAGUAUGAGCACGACCGGCAGUGGUCAGAGAACGGGGAGCGAUACUUCCUCAAGAUGUUCCGCGACUACGUUUUCCAUCAAGUUGAUGCUCAGGGUGACCCGGUCGUGGACCUUGGUCAUGUGCUUUCCUGUCUGAAUAAGUUGGAUGCGGGCACCGAUGAGAAAAUCACCUUGGUGAGUCGCGAUGAACAAAGUUGCUUUGUCGUUAGCUACAAAGACAUCAAGAAAGCAUUGGAGUCGUCAUUUCAGGCGCUCCUGAAGCCAACCAGAAGGCUUCAUUAA